GAUCAUGGAGCAAAGGGAUGGAGUUGGAAAGAUGUUGAGCCAAUUUUUAAAAAAAAUGAAAACGCCGUCGACGAAAACAUCUCAGUGAAUGCAGGAAGAGGAGGUUUACUAAAUAUCAGCAUUUCAUACCAACAUCCGUUUUCUGUAAAGUUGAAGACGGCGGCAAAAGAAAUUGGUGUGGAGGAAGUUGAUUAUUUUGAUGAAAUCGAAGGAAUAUCUCCACUUGUUUGCACCAAACACAAGGGAAUAAGACAAUCGUCCUCAGACGCGUUCUUGCGAACGGGUUAUAAAGAACGAGAAGAAUAUUUGCACAUUGUAACAAAUGCACUUGUAAGCAAGAUUCACUUUGUUACUGGCGCAAAAAGUAAACAGAAAGCUACUGGUGUAAGUUACAUCAAAAAUGGUAAAAUAAACACCGUUGAAGCCAGGAGAGAAAUCAUUUUAUCAGCUGGUACAAUAAGAACUCCACAACUACUGAUGUUGUCAGGAAUUGGACCGAAAAAUCAUCUUGAAGAGAUGAAGAUAGAAGUUGUAGAGGAUUUGCCAGGCGUGGGAGCAAAUUUACAGGACCAUUUGGAGAUACUUGUUUUUCACGCAAUUGACGAUCACCAGUAUGCGACACAAUCAACAAUGGAAUCUAUCAUGGAAUACAUCAUGAACGGCACCGGAUAUAACUCAGCAGUUUGGGGUAGUGGUGUUGUGCUCCAUCAUAAGACAAAGUAUUUUGGAACUAAUGUGAGCCUAAGCACCAAAAAACGACCAUUUCCAAGUAUACAAGAAAUUUUCACCCCAAAGGAUGCACCAUUUCCUUUCAAAACAAGAGAAAACUAUAGGUUCAAUACUGCACUGUUAUUGGGAGUUCAGCAUCCUAAAUCAAAGGGUGAAAUUCGAUUGAAGUCGAAGAAUCCGUUUGACCAACCUAUUAUUGAUCCAAAUUAUCUAUCGGAAGAAGAUGAUAUAAAGAUGUAUAUUGAAGGAUUCAGAAAACUGGAAGAAUUCGAAAUGUCACAAACUAUGAACGAAAUUGGGUUUAGGCUGAUAACACCCGAAAUAUGCAACGGAUCGCUCUACACGAAGCCUCCCAGGCCAGAUGAAUUUUACCGAUGUUACGUAAAAAGUUAUGGCGUUGGAUAUCACGCGUGCUGUACUGCUAAAAUAGGAAAAGAAAAUGAUGAAAUGGCAGUCGUUGACGAACGACUUAGGGUUCGAUAUGUCGAGAGCCUAAGAGUUGCCGAUGCAUCCGUCAUGCCUCAUGAGACUUCAUCUAACACCCAAGCUCCUUGUUAUAUGAUUGGACGGAAAGCGUCGGAAAUGAUAAAGCAAUAUUGGAACAUAUAAUUGCAGUACCGUAAACUGUACUGGAUUUCCCCCUGUCCUUGGCCUCAGAAUAAUUCGUCUAUACUUCACCACUACAAAAAUUUUGGUGCAUAUUUUGAGAGUGAUUUCUUGAGUUUGCGAUUACAAACUGGCUUAAAUGUUCAAAAUCAUAUUUAAAUUCUGCUGUUUUAAAAGUGUAUAUUCAUAGAUAGUGUUAGCCAGAUCUACCAUACCUUUUCUGUUUUUUCUUUAUUACUUAAACUAAACCAACUAAACUAAAUCUUCACAAGAAAACUGACAAUUAAGUUAUUUGAUUCAUACCUAAAUUUUGUAAACCUAACUUCAGAUUAAUAGAAACAAUAUUUCAUAUCU